CUGCCGGUUGUUUUAUGAGAGGGGAAUUUUUACGUAGAUUGCAAUACAGACAAAAUGGCGCAAGCACUUUUCGACGCGUUGACGGGUAUGGACAACCAGACAGCCGUUCUGGCUGUCCAGUCCCUCGGACUGCUGGAGGGACAGACUGGUGGCAUGCAAGACCCAAAUCCAACAGGAAUAGAAGAGGAUGAAUUCAAGUGUGGAAGAUGUAAGAAGAACUUCUCCUCUUUGACCAACUUCAUGAAUCAUAAGCGAGAGCAGUGCAUGCCUCCAAAUCUCACCAUCAACAUCGCUCGCUCCCAGCCCAGCAACAGUGCCUUCACAGCAACCUUACAACCCAACCGAGGUCUGACGUUCGGCAACAUGUCCUCCUCCUCCCUGUCUCAAGUCUCGCCGGGUGUCGUCUUGAAUGAGGAGGUCCUGAUUUCCUCUUUCCACAAUGUAGACCAGUUCUCUAACUCCAUGUUGCAGUCCACUCCGAUCCAGUCUCUGACCGGAUCCUACAUGUCUCCUCAAUCCCAAAUUCUCUCCACGAACUCCAACACUCAGCAGACCUACAGCCUGGCUAAUUCAACUGUUCAUAACAACAAUCUGGCAGGCAUCACUCUGCAAUCCCAUAAUCAGGUAGGCAAUAACAUGAUGCGGUCUGGUCUGGGCACGCAGUCUACUAUCUCCCUCUCGGACGCCGGGCUGACGCAAGAUUUGCUGAAUAGCGGUGCGACAUCCAAUCUCCAUAUACAAGCCCAGGCGCAGCCGCAGACCAUCAACAUCAUAUCACCCCAAGCCACCAUAUCACCGCAACCACAGCAAACUCGCCGUCGUCGAUCCACUGCUUCAGGAAGUGAACCCGCCAAGAAAGAACUGCAACGUAAAAAGUGCAGCUACUGCGACAAGUCAUUCACCAAGAACUUUGAUCUACAGCAGCACAUCAGAAGUCAUACUGGGGAGAAACCAUUCCAGUGUAUAGUUUGUGGUAGAGCCUUCGCCCAGAAGUCCAACGUGAAGAAGCACAUGCAGACCCACAAAGUAUGGCCUGGAGGUAGAGGUGCAACUCUUCCCAAGCAGCCAAUUACAAAACUUCCAGGAAGACAGGAUGAAGAGGGUGAUGAUCAAAGCAAGGAGCAAGAACCCACAUCAAAUGAUGACGAGGGAGGUAAUACUCGCAUUGCGACCACAGAAGAUGGGCAGGAGUUGCUGAUUGAUAGCUCCUAUGUGUGUCAGUACUGUGGGAAGAAAUUGAAGACAUAUUACCAACUCAAGACGCACAUGACCAUCCAUAAGAAUGAGCAGGUGUACAAGUGCGUUCUGAAAUCCUGCAAUACAACCUACAAGGAUCUGGAUUCUUUCUUGGAGCACACUAAAGCUCAUGAGAGUGAGAUGUCAUACCGAUGUCAUCUAUGCAGUAAACACUUCCCAUCGUUGUAUGAGCUCGGUGUUCAUCAGUACUCACAUAGUCUGUAUCCCAACCAAGGACCAAGGCAACAUCAGAAGGAGUAUCGCUGCAAUAAAUGCAUGAACCGUUAUUCAACCCCGGAGGCCUUAGAACACCACUUAGCAACAACGACCCAUCACUACGGCUGCCCACACUGUAAGAAGGUCUUCCCAUGUGAGCGGUAUCUCCGCCGCCAUCUCCCAACCCACAGCGCUCAUGGGCAGUUCACAUGCCACGUCUGUCAGAAAUCCUUCAAGACUGAUCACUAUCUUAAGUCUCAUUUGUUGAUACACAGUGGGGAUAAACCGUAUAAGUGUGACGCUUGUGAGAAGACGUUCAACCGCCCAGAUAAGCUAAAGAGACAUAACCUCACUCACGAUCCUGUCAAGAAACUCAAAUGUCCGUUCCGCUCCUUGACUGGAUGUGAGAAGAUGUUCAACCGUCCUGAUAAACUCAAAGCACAUAUCAUAUCACAUAGCGGCAUCAAGCCCUUUAAGUGUCCUCAGUGUUUCAAGUGUUUCAGCCGACGCCCCAAUUUGGCGGAGCAUAUGCGAAUUCAUACCGAUGACUAUACCAUUCGCUGUAAAGUAUGUAAUAAAGGAUUCGCCCGUGAGAAAUAUAAGAAUGCUCAUAAUUGUCCGAGAUGGGCACAAACAAGGGAAGCACUGAAAUCUAAUAUAGAAUGUGACAUGAAUGAAUCUGUCCUUGGUGAUUUGUCAAACGAAGCUUUGAAACAAACUGAAUCCAGUCUCGAUGCAAAUACCACAUCCCACAAUGUUUCCAAACAUCAUGAGAGAGCUGAAGAAGUACAUCCAGUUCUCUUAACCAAGACGAGGCAAGUCAGACUCAGGCACUCUGGUUUCUCUAAGAAGGUUCAUAUGCUUGACGACACCGUCACGAGGGAGGCUCCGAGGAGUAGAAGAGGGCGUGGCGGAACAAGAGGCAGGCCAAGACGUAUCACUCAAAAGAGAAAAAUCCCAAAUCGCUCUACGGAGGAUAUUGAGAGGGACUUGGAGGCUAUCAGGUCUGGCUUGGAGGAACAGCAACGGCAGGAGAUGGAGAGACAGAAAGCCAACCAGGAAUCCGCAGAGCAUCAACAAGAUGAGGAUCUGAUGGCCGGAAGCUCUCGGAUGAUAACGAUCAUGGUGACCCCUGACCAGGAGGUGGUCAGUGUCACAUCGGGAGAGACGGUCACUUUGAAACAGCAACAGCAGCCAACUAUUAACUCUACUGCCAUUGCACUUCUUAAUAUGGGACAGAUGAGCUAACAGACCAGUGAAAUGAGAAGCUAACUGGGCCCAAUAUUAUGGCUCUGCUUACAGCCUACUUCUGCGCUCCGAUCACCAUUUUCUGCUUACAAUCAAGCGCAGCCAGUUUCUGCGCCAGCUGUGUAAAGCGAAGAAUGCCUAGUAACGAGGAUUACGCAUGCGCACAAGGAAAAAUUCCAUGCUAACCUGUGAAAUAGGCU